AUGCAUGAGCUUGGCCAGCCGCUUUGCAACAACAUCCGCCAAAACUAUAACCACGUCGUCGAUUUCUACGUCCAGUCUAAAGUAGACUUCGCUUUUAGAAGCUACAGUGGUGGGUUUCUCGGACGCCAUGUCAAUUGGUUCCUGAGGACCUUCUGGCGCGCAUGGUUCGACAUUGACCGGGUAGGUCCCGAGGGCAGUCGCUGA